AUGAGAUCAGUUAGAGCUGCUCCUCACUUUCUCUCUCUGUAUCGCCAGCUGUCAGACUUCCAAAACCAUUUGCAUCCACGGACAGAAACAAGUACAUUUCCUCAUGACUUGAGCUGCAAGAGUCGACCCUAAAUAAUGACAAUGAGCUUCUUUGGAAAAAAAAAGAACAUACACAAUGGACCUCCAGCUCCACCCAGAAGGACAGACGACAAUGAACACCUUGGGUGGCCACAGGAUGAGUUUGAUGACGUGGAAGGUGACAUGUAUGAAGUGCCUCCCUGUCUGCCGGUUGGGAAAGUCCCACAGACACAAGUGGAGGAGGAGAACGUUUAUCUGGAGAGGACGUCCAAUCCUGCUCCUCCACAGAGGCAGGCUGCUCCUCCACAAAGGCCUCCACCCAGACCAGGAAAACCCUUGCCUGCCAUCCAGAAAGCUCAACAGCGUGCUGAGGAUUUAUUCUAUGACAACAAAACCAAGAAACCUCCUGAGAUAAACAGAAAGGGGAAACCUGGGAGGAAAGAGCCUCCUCCACCGGGCCGCUCUGCUCCGGCUCCGGGCCCUGCAGACAUCAUCGAGGAAGAUGUGUAUCUGGAUCCAAAUGAAGAACAGGAAGAUAAUGAUGACGUGUAUCUAGAACCUGCUGCUUUCUCUCCUGACCCUCGUGUGAUGAAGCCUUCCCCUCCCAAGACAGCACUUGUACCUCCCCCCAUGCAAAUGAUGAAGCCUUCGGUUCCCAGAAUUCAGUCUAAUUCAUACCUGCCUUCCUUGAAUGAGUUAAAAACGGCUCCUUCAGUCGAAGCGAGGCGUGCCUCAUAUCCUAUCAGACCCCUUCCGCCAAAUACCGGUGUUAAACCCCCUCUGCCUGCAAACCUGAAGGAAGCUAAACACAGCCUUCUGAAUCCUUCGAUGGCAGACACUAAGCCUGUGGCCUCCUCUGGUGGUACGAGGGCGACCAAACAAUCUGGGAAUGAGGGCAAAGAAUGGUUUGCUGGGAAUUGCAACAGAAAGUCAGCGGAGGAUCUCUUACUGAGGGUCAACAAGGAUGGUGCCUUCCUCAUACGACACAGCUCAGCCCAGGGCGCCCGCCAGCCGUUCACCCUCGCCGUGCUCUACCAGCAGAAGGUGUACAACGUUCCCAUCCGCUUCCUCGAGGACACGCAUGGUUACGCCCUCGGAAAAGAGGGCAAGAAGAACGUAGAGAUUUUCGGCACCCUCGACGAGAUGAUCUCUCACCACAAGAAUAACCAGCUGCUUCUGAUAGACAGCAAGAGCCAGGCCAAGCACACGACAUCUUUAACCUAUCCUGCACGCCCUUAAAACGGCACCACUACGACCUUCAUAUGGGUUAUAUAAGGAUAAUGGCACAGUUUGAAAAUUCACUGUUGGUCAACUGUGUGUCAAAAAGAUGAAAUUAAAACUCUCACUACUAUGAAAGCUGUGAUUUUUUUUAUUUUUGUCACAAGUAUAGAUUUGGUGUGUAUCUUUCCCCAAGUUCGUUUGAUGACUUUGAUUUUAAAUAAACGGUAUGUUACAGGCGUCUUUUCGGUGUGAUA